CCAAAAAUUCGCACGGUCGAACCAAUUGCCUAGUACUAAUAAAACUCGCACAGUCGCACCGGCACAGCCACUGCUCACUAAGGUUUGAUCAAAUAUCAAAUUGAAAUUUUGAUCUGAAGGAGAUUAAGCAAAGCAGGAAUGGAAGAAGCAGAUUCCCUUGAAGCAGCGGCGGCUGCCCGGCGUGAGAGACUUCAAGCUCUCAGAGCCGCUCAGCAACUUCUCUCUUCUCCAGACCACCAACCAGAUGGCCAACCGCCCAAUCGCCAUUCCCCGACUGCCACCGCUGAAGAGGAUGACGACAACGACAACGAUAACGAAGAAGAUGGACUAGUUCAGGAACAAGAAAAUCAGGUAAGCAUGAAGUUCCGCAACUACCUCCCUCACGAUAAGCAGCUGCAAGAGGGGAAACUUGCUCCUCCUGUGCUUCCGAAGUUUGAAGACCCUCUCACUGCUGCACCCCCUCCUGAAGAGAAGAAAGAGGACCCAUUUCUAAACAUUGCUCCUAAAAAACCAAAUUGGGAUCUGCGGAGGGAUGUACAGAAGAAGCUUGACAAAUUGGAAAAAAGAACGCAGAAAGCCAUGGUUAAACUUAUGGGUGCGUCCUCUUGUUCCUUAGCUUGUUGAUGUUUUGGCUCUUAAUUGUUGAGGUUGACUUGUUUCUCUCAGUUUCUGCUUCGCUUGUGUAAUUUUAAAAAAUUAAUAUUAUCUGCAGUUAAGUAAUGGCAAAUUCAAUUUUUACCUUAAAGCAUUUUCUUGGCACUAGAGAUUUAUUUUGCCAGUGGGUACUUUUUUGAGUCACUAUCUCACCUCGUCUGUAACAUAGUAAUUGGGUCUUUGCUUAUGAGUUAUCCUGGCAGUCACUGCGCUCAGUUCAGGCAGAUGUCAGUUAACAAAUUCGAGAAUUCUGUUUUAGAUGAAAGGGCAUUGACUAAAGUUUUCAUAUUGUGUCUUGCUUUUGUAAUAGAAUCUUCUUCGGGAAGAAAGUAAACAAACACAGGCGUAGCAUUGAAUGUUCUAUCCAUUCUUGUAACUGGUCAAUUUAUGCCUUUUCCUCUUACAAGAAUCUUUCAUGGGGAAAAGAAAGUAAACAAACACAGUUUAUUCUGAAGUGUUUUCACAAUGCUCUCUUUCUUUCAUUCAAUAUUUAAAACCUUCAAGGUAGAAAAGAUUUUAUGCAUUUCAAUAGGUUCGGUAUUAAGUAUAGUAUUUGGUGGGAGUAGUAGUUG